AGGUUGUGAACAAUGGCCUGGAAAAACACAGAAAUUCCCUUUGACUCUCUCCCCGAGCUUGCAUACAUAGUUGUUGACGAUGCAAUCAGAAGCGCUGUGGAGGUUAUUGCAGGACCAGAAGAACAACCAAAGGAGGCAGUUGCAGGAGCCAAAUACGAGGUGAGAAACAUCAAGUGGCUGAUGUGCAAGGACUUCACAACAGCAAAAGGGCUGCUGCAGAUUGAGGCAUACUUGAAAACAUGGGAGCUUCAUGAGAGCUGGCUACAUUGGACAAACUAUCUAGAAGAUGAAGAACUGCAGUACAGUACUAGAUAUCAUUAUCGGGUACGCUGGAGCAUCCCAACCCGUAGGAAGCCCAUCCCCCGAGCAACUGCAAAUGUUUAUUUCAUCAUAGAAGUUUCCAAAAUCAAACCAGAUACAUUACCUGUUGAAGUAUUCUUUGUAGUAGAGACCAACAGGUUCAUACACAGGCCAGGAGAGUGCAGAUUUAAAGAAAAGUGGCUCAAAGAUGUAAUUGAAAGCAAAGUCACCCUGAUGGAAACGGUCAACUUUUAGUUCUGUUACCCACUAAGAAUUCUAUUUUUCUCUGUGUUUUGACCAAUAAAAGUUGUUUUUGUAA